CACCUUGUAAAAUUCCAAACCCUGAUUUCUUUGAAGAUUUGGCUCCUUCUAAUUUUGAAAAGAUCGGCGCUAUUGGUUUUGAACUCUGGACUAUGCAAAACAUGGGUGUAAAACAUAAGAUUGAAAAGGCAGCAGAAGCCGCAGAAUUUCCAGAACCACAGAGUGAGACACCUAGUACAUUCGUCGAAACCAUACAAAAACAUUUCAACGAAUUCCUUGAAAUUUUCUACGAAGAUCCUAUGGAAGCUUUCAAAGAAAAACCAGAAGUCGCGGGUGGAUUAGCAGGAUUGGCUUCUGCAUCACAUAAAAAGACUGACGAACCAACUCCUGAUGAUGAAGAUGCCGAUAAUAAAGGUGAUGCGAGUACGUCAAAAGAUGAUG